AUGUCCCUCUUCGGCGGCGGACAGACGCAGGCCCAACCGGCUGCUAGCCCGUUCGGUAGUACCGCAAACAAACCAAGCCCCUUCGGAGGCGCCGGCGCCACGGGAAGCGGAGGUUUGUUCGGGGCAACACAAAAUCAACAACAGGGUUCUACAGGAGGCAGUCUCUUUGGCGGAAAUGCGGCAUCUCAGCCACAGCAACAGCAGUCCGGAGGAUUGUUUGGCUCGAAUACUGCUCAGAAGCCCGCCGGGAGCUUGUUUGGUGGUGGCGGAUUAGGGCAACAGCCGCAACAACAACAACAGCAGCAGCAGCAGCAGCAACCUCAGCAGUCCGGUGGAUUGUUCGGCUCUUCGUUCGGCCAGAAGCCCGCGGGAAGCCUGUUCGGUGGCGGUGGUCUUGGUCAGCAGCAGACACAACAACCGGCGACCGGGGGUAGUCUUUUCGGUGGAGGUCUCGGAGCUAGUACCCAACAGCAGCAACCUCAGCAGCAACCGCAACAGCAGGGCAGUCUAUUCGGAGGCUCGAUUCUUGGAGGACAGCAGCAGCAGCAGCCGCAACAGGCGCAGCAAUCGCAGUUCGGCCAAACCACCAUGGCUCAGCCGCAACCCAACCAACAACAGCAGUCCCUGUCAUCGAGCUUGUGGUCACCCGGCCGUGCGAUCACUGGAGUACAUCGCACUGUUCCGAUGCAAAUCGCCAUCGUUAAGGACAAAUGGGACGCGCCAAGCCAGUCCUCUCCAUUCCGAGCUUAUCUCUACAACCACGUCGGCGAAGACCAAGCACCCUUCUACCAGCCGGGUCCUGAGGAUGAUGAGUCAAAGUGGGAGGAAGCUCUUCGCCAACGGCCUGACCCUAGCUACGUGCCCGUACUCGUAAAGGGUUUCUGGGAGCUUGGCAAGCGCGCACAGCGCCAGAAAGACUUCCUCACUAUGAUGCAGUCCCGCCUUCACGAAAUCAAUAAUUGCCUGACCGAACUCCUCUCGCGCCACGACUUGAAGAUUUCCGUGAAGAUUGCCGACUGCCGCAGGAAACAUCUCGUUCUCAGCAAGCGCUGCCUCGCCCUUGCAGCCAAGACUCAGGUGCUGCGCAGCCGAGGCUACGCGAUGGAUGAUGCCGAGGAGGAGCUGAAGAAGAAGUUGACUCAACUGGAGCGAUCCGUCUUUGACCCGUCUCUGAAUGGCCGCGGUGAAGAGAUCUGGGCCCGUAUGCUAGCGAUUCACGAGCACUCGAAGCGAUUGCAGAUGGAAAUGGAGCGCGCUGGCGGAAGCGUGGUGAAUAACGGGGAAGAUGAGAUUGAUGAGCAGACGAUGAAGACAGCAAAGAAGAUCCUCGACGAUUACCAUGCUCAAAUCCAGCACCUGCAGAAGGAGCUGACCUCGGUCAAGAAGGAAUUCGAGGAGGCACAGAAGCUGAACGGGAACUGA